GUCAUUCGUUUUCGCAGUAGCCAAUUCUCUCUAUCUCCCUGAAGGCAGUUUCAUUGAUCUCUCAUUUUGUAGUGUUUCUGUAGUUACCUCUCUUAAGUCAUUCAUGGCGGAGGUCAUGAAUAUGCCCGUCGAAUCAUUGGAUCGCCGCCGCGACCGGCAGUCCGAGAGAAAAGAGAAACCCGACGACGAACCACCUCUUCCACCACCUCCGCCGCCGCCAAGGAGACGAGACCGAGAUUCGAGGGAGAGGAGAGAUGACCGUGACAUCGAUCAUCGUCGCCGUAGUGAUUAUCAUGACCGCAACAGGUCUCCUCCGCCGAAGGAAAGAGAGAGGGAUUAUAAGCGUCGCAGUAGCCCUAGCCCUCCGCCAUACCGUGACCGUCGCCAUUCGCCUCCUCGAAGGUCUCCUCCGCCGCCGUCUUUCAAGCGUAUGAGGAGAGAUGAUGGUUAUGAUAGACGCCGUGGAAGCCCUCGAGGUGUUGGCUUUGGACCGGAGGAUAGAAGGUUUGGGCAUGAUUAUGCAGGUGGAUAUGAACGUGGAGGGGGCAGACUUGGCUAUGCUGAUGAAAGGCCUCAUGGUCGAUAUAUGAAUCGAUCAUCUGGUGGCUAUCAAGGUGGGCCUUCUGAUUGGGAUUCUGGUCGUGGUGGUCAUGGUGAUGCUUCAAACUCAGGGAGUACACAAAGGGAAGGCUUCAUGUCAUAUAAACAAUUUAUUCAAGAGCUUGAAGAUGAUAUACUGCCAGCUGAAGCUGAGCGCCGGUAUCAAGAGUACAGAUCGGAGUAUAUUUCAACCCAGAAACGUGCAUACUUUGAUGCUCAUAAGGAUGAGGAUUGGCUGAGAGACAAGUACCAUCCAACAAACUUACUAUCAGUCAUAGAAAGGAGGAAUGAAAAUGCUCGGAAAAUCAUAAAGGACUUCUUGUUAGAUUUGCAGAGUGGAACAUUGGACCUCGGUCCAGGUAUCAAUGUUGCAUCAUCCAAUAAAUCAGGACAAGCAAGUGAUCCUAACUCUGAGGAUGAAGCAGAUGCUGGUGGCAAACGAAGGCGACAUGGCAGGGGGCCAGCUAAAGAAAAUGAUCUUUUGGCUGCUCCAAAAGCUCACCCAGUCAGCUCUGAACCUAGACGAAUUCAAGCUGAUAUUGAACAGGCAUUGGCUCUUGUACGGAAACUUGACAGAGAAAAAGGGAUUGAAGAAAAUAUUUUAUGCACAGCUGAUAAUGACAAAAUGGAUGGGGAGAAAUCACAUGGUGGAUCUAUGGGCCCAAUUAUAAUUAUUAGGGGUUUAACUUCUGUCAAGGGCCUUGAGGGGAUUGAGCUUUUGGAUACACUCCUUACUUAUCUCUGGCGCAUCCAUGGCUUGGAUUACUACGGCAUGACCGAGACAAAUGAAGCUAAAGGUCUUCGGCAUGUAAGGACAGAAGGCAAGAGCCAGGAUGAAACAAGUGCUGCUGGAGCUGAGUGGGAGAAUAAACACGACUCAUUUUGGCAAGGAAGGUUGCAGGGUCAGGAUCCAUUGGAAAUAAUGACAGCCAAGGAGAAGAUAGAUGCAGCUGCCGUUGAAGCUUUGGAUCCAUGUGUUAGAAAAAUAAGGGAUGAGAAGUAUGGGUGGAAGUAUGGCUGUGGAGCAAAAGGUUGCACAAAGCUUUUUCAUGCUGCAGAGUUUGUGUAUAAGCAUCUGAGGCUGAAACACCCAGAGCUUGUGAUGGAGUUGACUGCAAAAGUGCGUGAAGAUUUGUAUUUCCAGAAUUACAUGAAUGAUGUAGAUGCACCUGGUGGACAACCUGUCAUGCAGCAACCUCAGUUGAAGGAGAAGUUGCCGCCACCGCGUAGGGCUGGUUUAGAGAAUCGAUUGAGGGAUGAUCGUGGAAACCGUAGAGAGCAUGACAGGGCUGAUAUUAAUGGUGAUGAAAGAUAUGAUAGGGCUGAGAAUUCGCCAUCCCGUGAUUUCCAGUCCAAUGCUGGUGGCCUGGAAGGGGGAAAUCCUGAUGAACCAAUGUAUGAUGUUUAUGGUGGACAAGGCAUGCGAGCUGCUCCCCCUUUUCCUUCGGAUAUACCCCCUCCACCACCAGUAUUGAUGCCUGUACCUGGUGCUGGCCCCUUAGGACCUUUUGUUCCUGCACCACCUGAAGUUGCAAUGCGGAUGUUGAGGGAGCAAGGUGGACCUUCUCCUUAUGAAGGUAGUGGUAGGAAGGGGCGAUCUGGUCCACAGGUAGGUGGACCAGCUCCUAUUCUUGCCAUGUCUCCUGCUUUCAGGCAGGACCCUCGUCGCAUUCGGAGUUAUCAGGAUCUUGAUGCCCCCGAAGACGAAGUCACAGUGAUAGACUACCGGAGUUUGUAGGUGUUGUCUUUUUCAAUUUUGUGAUUAU